AUGGCUCGAAUAACCGCACCGUCCACUGAAGGCGAUCAAGCCACCACCGUUCUCGAUCUGGAUGAAGAUGUUGUUGGGUGUAUCGCGGCUUACCUCGACCACAAGGACAUUGAGCAGCUGCGACUAACGUGCAAACUAUUCUGCCUGAACCUGCAACGGGUGUUUGGAUCUCGAUUCCGCCACCGACAUUUCAUCUUCACACCGUAUAGUAUGGAAGCAUUCGUUUCCAUGUCGGCCCACCCAAUUCUGGGACCCUGGAUAGAAAGUGUCGCUUUUGGCACCUAUCGAAUUGCGGGAGAUCCGGAUAUCGUUGUGCCUGGAGUCACUGAUCACAGUCCUAGGCAAUUGAGCUUUACGAAGCAAUGGGAGAUGUUGGAUCUGCAGAAAUUGCGAUUUAAUGAGCAAACCCAGUUCAUCGCAUCCCGUCGACACAGAGAGCUGUUGACUCAGGCUCUGAAAAAUCUGAUGAAGCAUCGGCGAUCCAUAAAACUUGGCACAUUCGAUGAUAUAGUAUCCUGUACAGGCGACAGACUCUCCUUUCAAGCCUUCUCAGGUCUGGGUUCGAAGAGAUUCUACGAAAACACGUUUCUUGCGUGCCGUUCCCGCGACAGCUAUGAGACCUUGGGCACAUUGAUCAAGGCAUCCAGGCAGGCCAGCUAUCCCAUGGAGCACUUAAAUGUGGCACUUCAUUGUGGUUGUAGAACCCAACAAUAUGGCUGCAAACACGACUGGGGCAAGGUGUCAGCCUGGCUCAAUGACUUCCUAACACAAAGCAUUGCGGACGGUACCAGUCUUGUUAUGACCGUGGCCAACAGAAACUCCAAGGAACUAUACAUCAACCGAGACCAACGCUUGAUCGCUUUUCGUGGCGAAUGUUUGCAGCCCAGAAGCAUACGUCACUGUACAGACGGGUUCACCAAUGCAUCUUUCGGACGACUUGGAAUAGCAAUGUAUGCAGAUGAAUAUCAAAACAUUGAAAUUUCCGAUUGCGGCGUGCAAUGGUCGCCAUUCAUUCGAUUUCUCACCCAGCAUGCGUCCACAAUCCUCACGCUCCGACUGCAGAGGAUGCUCUUUUGGAAUAGGACCUGGUCAAUACCCUUUCUGGAAACCGCUCUUGAGCUACCUCAUCUCGAGAAUCUGAUCAUGGAAGAAGUCUUUUACUACAACAACAUUGACAAAGAGCUGAAAUUCAUAGUCGUCGGGAAGAAAGAAUGGCGAGGGUCCAAAGAUAUUCGUUCUGGCCUGCACGACUUGAUCGAGCAACAAACACCUAGUAUCCCCUUAGAUAGGAAUGGUGGUUGGAUCGAUGAAAAAGUACUUCGUGGCGCCUCUAGUCUGCACUCUUGCAGAUAG